AUGGCUACCCCUAGUGUCCUGGCUUUUGACGCUGAGGGCCGUGCUAUUGACUUUGAGUCGGUCGGUGCGGCGUCUGCCCUAGCGGGAGACGCCGCCCUGGCAAGGGCAAGGGGGGCAAGGGCGCGGGUGGAGCUAGCGGGGGCGGUGGCGGUGGAGGUGGGGGCGACGGGGGAAGUGAGGGUGGCGGUGGAGGUGGUAGCGGGGGUGGGGGUACUAGUGGCACCAGUGGAGGCGGGGGUGGCGGCGGCGGUGGCGGUGGGAGCAGAGGUGGCGGAGGUGGCGGCAGUGGAGGCGGAGGCGGGGGUGGCGGUGGUGGAGGUGGUCGGAGUGGCACUUCGCAGCGGAGCAGCACUGGGGGUGGUCAGCGCCAGCAGCAGCAGCAGCAGCAGCGUCGUCGCGACGUCCCCACCCCUCAGCAGCUCCGUGUGUCCCAGGUAG